AUGUCGCAAUUCCGUCAUGUCACACCUGGCGCAGAAAUUUUCGGUCCUCGACCGUCUGACUCGUUCACCCUCGGCACAAAAAAGCCUCUUGCUCCGUUAGUGGUCACCAUGGCGAGUCGACAGUCGACGUUCAAAGGCGCCUUGCAAUGGGAUGACUGGGUCUGGUGGAUCGCGAUUGGCUGCGUGGUCCUCCUCGUCCUUCUAUUCCUGGUCUGUUGCUGCCUGUGCAUGCAGCGCGCCAAGCGCAAAGGUCACGAAGAGGCGAUGGCAACAGUACGAACCCGUCGGGUACUUGCGCAAGAGCAACUGCAACUGCAACAAGAACAACAGCAACAGCAACGACAACAAGAACAACAGCAAAGGCAACACCAGCAGCAACGGCAACUGCAACAGCAACGGCAACUGCAACAGCAACAGCAGCAGCAACUACAACAGCAACUACAACAGCAACAGCAAUACCAGCAGCAACAGCAACAGCGACCUUUGCAGACUCAAGGGAGCGCUGUUGCUGCUACGACCGAGUCUGGACGUGGGUACGCUUCUCCUGCACCUGGGUACCCGAAGCAGGUAACAAAUGCAUUGCAGUCAAACCGGACUAAACCUGGACCAAAAGUGGCUGCACAUGGGUACCGGGGUACGCGUUCGCAGGUACCAUUACUGCCGGGGCAACAAGCGAAACCUGCGUACCCAUCUACCCCGGGUCAGGGGCAACAUCUCAGCCAAGCAGCGGGUCAAACCCCAGGUCAAGGACCGCAUACGAACGCCGCAGUUCCGAGAUGGUACAACCCAGACCCCGUCCAACGUCCCCAUUCUUCCGGUCGAGACGGCAGAAGCUCCCGUCGUACCGCUCCCACGAGCAGCAUUCGGUACCCGCACAGUAGGAGACCUGAGGCCUUGCACCCAGAUGGAAGUGGCGGUACAGACGACGACGGCUCCUUGUCGCGAGUGUCAAGCCGCACGCUUCAAGACCGAAUCGAUUCCUUGCGGUCGAUGGAUUCGAGCGAUGGUAAGCACGAGCGGACGACGGACGCGUCCGUUACAAGCACAAAAGAUGCAUCAGUGUCGAUUGCCCAGGAGCCGCUCGCUCCGGUCCCGUCGUCACGACGGUUGGGGCUCGUUUCCCCAGGGAGUAUCUUGUCUCCUGAUCGAACUGCCGGUGCGGGACGGCGGGGCAAUGACGUAGAAAGCCAUGGACGGGAGAGAGCGACGCCUUCUAGCGGCAAUGGAUCGUCUGCGGCUUAUAGAAACGUGGCUAGAAGAGACAACGACUCGUUCACGAGUCGGGGUUCGGUGGAAUUUUGA